GUUGGCUAUCGACUAUCGCGUGCGGCAUUGUUUACAUCCGCAAUUUAACCCGUGAAUCGGAUUCUCUUUAUCUUCUCCCUUAUCAGUGGCUGAUCACUAAGGCGGAACUUACAACAGCGUUGCCAGCGAUGUCCCUCUCGAUUUUCAAAGACCUGCCGGCGGAGCAUCCGCGCCACCUGAUACCCUCGCUCUGCAGGCAGUUCUACCAUUUGGGAUGGGUCACCGGCACCGGCGGCGGGAUGAGCAUCAAAUUCAACGAUGAGAUCUACAUAGCGCCGUCGGGCGUGCAGAAAGAGCGCAUGCAGCCGGAGGAUCUGUUCGUGCAGGAUAUAACCGGCAAGGAUAUUCAACUGCCGCCAACGAUCAAGGGCCUGAAAAAGAGCCAAUGCACACCGCUGUUUAUGCUGGCAUACCAGCACCGCAACGCCGGCGCCGUCAUCCAUACGCAUUCUCAGCACGCCGUAAUGGCCACGCUCCUUUGGCCCGGCAAAACCUUCCGCUGCACACACUUGGAGAUGAUCAAGGGCGUUUACGAUGAGGCGGACAAGCGGUAUUUGCGCUACGACGAGCAACUGGUCGUCCCCAUUAUCGAGAACACGCCCUUUGAGCGUGACCUGGCUGAUAGCAUGUAUGCCGCCAUGAUGGAGUAUCCGGGCUGCAGUGCCAUCUUGGUCCGACGCCAUGGCGUUUAUGUUUGGGGAGAGACCUGGGAGAAGGCCAAGACCAUGUCAGAGUGCUAUGACUAUCUGUUUUCCAUUGCCGUGGAAAUGAAAAAGGCCGGAAUCGAUCCGGAGAAGUUCGAGAGCUCGUAAGGAGUUAGCCAUUGCAAUUUGAAAAUCAAUAAAAAGCCCAACAGCUUAAUAAACCUUCCGAUUGAACGGAAAAACAGAUUACGCUCAAUAAAAAAAACCUUAUAACAGA